CACUGCGGAACCUGGAGUCUGUGCACAGGCGAGAGAAUUCACUUGGUAAACUUCAAACUGACGGUGAAACAUGCACUUCUUCAUAUUUGUCCUCGGCCUGUUACCAUGGAUCCCAGCCUUCCUCUGCGGUGUAACCACUGGGAAAGAGCUCACAGUCAUGGAGGGUCAAUCCCUCACUAUCCCGUGUCAUUAUGAGCCUCAGUAUGCCAGCUAUGUAAAAUACUGGUGUCAGGGGAGAAUGAGGGAGUUCUGCACCAGCUUAGCUCGAACAGAUAAUCUCCAUUCAGCCAAUCCAGAGGACAAAGUGACCAUUUUUGACGAUCCGGUCCAGCUGGUGUUCACUGUGACCAUGAGCAACCUGAAGGAGGAGAACUCUGGGUGGUACAUGUGUGGCGUGGAGAUAGGCGGUGUGUGGAGCGCUGAUGUUGUGGCUUACACUUACAUCAAGGUUAUUCAUGGUAUUUCAGCAGUGAGCAGCCAACUGAGUGGGGAAGAAGGGAGUAGUGUCACAGUUGAAUGCAUCUACAGUGAGAGAUAUAGAGAAAGUGAGAAGAAGUGGUGUCGGAGUGGAGACUGGAGCUCCUGUCUGCUGACGGGUUCUGACGGGAGCUACGAAGACACUUCAGUGGCCAUCAAUGAUGACAGAACUAGGACUUUCACUAUAACCUUAAAGAAGCUGCAGAUGCGAGAUACCGGCUGGUACUUGUGUUCUGCAGGACAGCAGCAGAUAUCCGUGCAUGUGCUGGUCACACCCCGACCCACAACUACAGCAGUGUCUGUGACUUUCCCACCUACAACAAAUCACUCUGCCAAAUACCUGCCUCCACCCAAACCCAUCACCAAGGAGUCCUGGAACAAUUACAGUCACAUCUGGGAGCCUUUGAUGGUAUGUGCUUCUGUAAUGGUCUUUGUGGGCUUGGCCAUGUUGGCGAAAAGGUUGUGGAAAUUGCACAAGCAGGAUCCUGUGCUGGAGACGAAAGCAAGGCUCAAUAAGUAUUCAGGGGGUGACCUGCAAAACACUGCUGUCGUUUUCAUUAACAAGGAUUCCCAGGAUGUACAUAUGUACAGAGCUUAGUCAGUGCAAUUUUUAUUGUUACUCUUCAUAAAUGAAUGUAAUUUCUUUCGUUUUGUCCAUGCAGCACAUGCUUUAUUUCAAGUUUCUUUAAUAUGUUAUAUAGAACCACAUUUUAAGCAAUGUACGCUGUUUUCUGCUUGCUUCUUUAUAUAUGCAACUGGUAUAGGCUGGAGAAGAGUGCACCUCUCAUGUAAGGCAAAUUUACCAACAUACAAUCACGUGAUCUUCUGUUUAAUUUGGACAAAAGCAGCGUCAUGAUUACCACUAAGGACAUUGAGGCAGGGCUGGACUAUAUGGACAAAAAUGUUGAUGCAUGAUAAAAAGUUUCAUAUCUUUCGAUAUCGAUAAUUAUCACGAUAAGUAUCAAAAGCUUAUGGUUAAUUGUGGUUUAAACUCUUCAUUAUGGUCAACACUUGAGGCCAAACAGUGGAUCACUCCACCAUUUCAAUAAAACUUGCAGAAAAUAUACUUCAACAGCUAAUUCAAUAAAUAAUAUUUACAAAAUGUU